AAAAAAAAAGAAAGGGCCGCCAUUAUUUUUUCGCAGUACACGCCGGGUACGUAAGUCAGUCAUGGGCGUGACGAUAGUCCGAAGCAUCUGCGCAUGCGCAUUCGCGCUUGCUUCCCACAGCAGAUACGCUGCAUCGCGUCUUCGCGGCCCUUUUCAUUUUCGCGUCGCGUGACGAACGAGUCCCCGCUUGUUUUGUGACUGCUACAGCGGUGGAGUGGGAGGCUUGCGCGGGGAGGCAGGCACAUACGGCGACCGCUCGCGGGAGAAGACGUCCAGGUUCGGUUUCAUCGGAGUGGGCGCCUCGCGGACACCGCUCAGCGCCGGCGCGUCACUCAGGGUGGAGGCCACGUUAGGCGUGCGCUCCCCCGAGAGGCCCUCGACGAAGGGCGGCAGCGCGGCCCCCACAGGCGGCUGGACGAAUGCCAUCGUCGAAUGCUCCCGGGAGUAGAUGUCCAGGUUUGGGUGCAUGGGCGUCGGCGGUUCCAACUCCUUGCCGCCCAGGUCCGACAGUUCUGGCAGGCAGAAGUCGUCGUCGGCGAUGUGCGCGUCGGCGGUUUCGGCGCUCGCCGGGGCUGGUGCGACGACGACGUCGUCAGCGGGAGCCUGACCGAUGGUCCAGCCCGCCGGUGGGGACGCCGCGGCGUCCGACUUGGCGUCCUCGCUCUUGCCGGACUUGCGCGAGGUCUUGGACUUGGUCGAGGAACGACGGGUACUCACCUGCGACUUCGGAACGAGUGUGGCCGGUUUCGAGCGCUCUUCAUCUGGCGAUGACAACCCGCUGUUUACGAAGCCAUCGGCCGCCGAGGCGUUUGUGGUCCCACUGGCCUCCAUUGUGGAGCCUGAAACUUACGAUGCAGACAUCCUUCACGCAGAGUCCGUCAUCGUGGAGCGAGUCUGGCUGACCAGGUGCCCUAAACUGGUUGUCCACGUGUCAUAG